AUGUAUCUCCCACAUCAAAAAGACCUUCCCUCCGCCGGCGCCGCCAGGGGAGGGACCGGGGUAGACAAGCCGCUGGCGGCCGUGCUGGCACGUCGGGCGGAGCCGCUGCCCACAAACAUGCUGGUCGGCAUCAUCGUCGGCUCGGUGCUCUUCGUCUUCCUCGCCGGGCUGGGCUGGUUCAUGUGGACGUACCGCAACUGGCUCUCCUUUGCGGCCACGCAGCCUGAGCAGCCGCCGCCGCUGCAGCGCAGGGUCAGCAGGGUGCGCAGCUCAAAGAGCUCCAAGAGUUCGGCCAAAAGCACAAAGAGCUCGGCAAAGAGCACAAAGAGCUCAAAGUCGUCUGGCCGGAGGAGUCAGAGGAGUGCCAGGAGCGCGAGAACAUCGACGCCGGCCCCGGCGCCCGUGCCCGCGCCUGAUCCCGAGCCCGAGCCCGAGCCUCAGCCGUCGCGUGCGCCUUCGCCUGAGCCCGAAAAACCGCAAUCACGUGCUCCUUCCCCCGAACCUGAAAAGCCUGCUGCUCCUUCUCCUGAGCCCGAAAAGCCGGCGUCGCGUGCUCCCUCUCCUGAGCCCGAAAAGCCCGCGUCGCGCGCGCCAUCACCUGAGCCCGAACCCAAGCCCGAUACGCCAGCCGCGGCUGAAAAAGCACCGUCAGUUGCCGAGUCGGCGGCUCCUGACCCGAAACCAGAACCUUCUGAUGCUGGUCCCGAUCCGGAACCUGCCAAAGAAGAUCCUCCCGCCGCUGCUCCGGCCUCUUCCUGA